AUAAUGGGCUUAACUUUUGCUAUGCUUUGCAUUUAUGCCCUCAUGGCUGUUAUAGGAAUUAGCCAUCUCUUUCCUUCAGUUAAGUCUUCUCAUGUAUUGCAGCUCUGAGCUUAUCUUGGAAGAAUGUGUGACCAGGAGCCUUCUAGGAACCACGACUAAUGCAUUCGCAUCAAGGAAAUUGGAUGUAGCCAUUGAUGUUUUUUUGCCUCUAAGAGGGUAGCUUUUUCACGAGGACAAGAGGAGUGCUUAACGUUCAAACUAUGAGGAAAAGAAUUAGCAGAGCAAAGAAAUCUAUCUGGAAAACUGCGAAAGGGCAAUAAUCGAGAAAAUUUACAAGAAUGGGUACUGGUGGCGAUGAUGAUGAGCUCAGAGAAAUAGGAGAAGCAGCUCUGGGUCUUUGUUCUAUGAAGUUCGAAGAGAUUGAUCAAAAAGAGGCUUCAGUUCUUGAAAAGAUGAAAACAGAGAAUCUUGGUAUAGGAAAUGAGGGAAUUAAUCACAACCCAAUUUCAAGAGAACAACGAAGAAUCCCACAUUCUCAACAAUUCGCACAUCAGGACAAAGGAAAUCUUGAAAAUGAACAAGAAUCUUCACAGAACUUGCCUGAAAACCAAGAAGUAACACAUUCGGAAGAAGAUAUACCGAAUCUUGUAUACAAUUACAAGCCUCCUGACAUCGCUUCAUUUCCCGGUUUGAAUGGGCUGAUUGGCGAAUGCAGCAAGCCAUUUGAGAAGCAGUUAAUAGCAAAUGAUAUAGAAGAAAAUCCAAGUAGGCUAACAAUGAGCAAUGCUGAUGUUGCGGGGUGUCUUGUGCCUUUGUUGGAUUUAGAUAAACAUGAAGAUCCCAAAAAGGGAAUCGAGGUUACAGUCUAUGAUCGUGAGGGGAAUGAGUUUAUUAUGGUUUUCAAGACAUGGAGUCCCAGGACUUGUGUGCUUACUAGAGGGUGGAACACAUUCUUGCAAAAGCAUAAACUUCUGAAGCAUCAAGAUUUUGUCACCAUUUGGAUAUUUAGAAAACUUGAUGGGGGACUUUGCUUUGUGAUCAAUUGGAGGAGAAUGCCCGUCUUUAAUCGUCUCAGGAGGAGAAAUGGUUGAGAAGGGUAAAGAAGCACUGAUGAGGGUUGAAUUACUGACAGUAUUAGAAUAAUUAAUGUCUGGUUUAAUCAAUUGCAUUUUCACAUUAGGGUUUAUGGUUUGAUCAUUGCAUAUUGACAUCAGAGUUUAAAGGGUAUAAUACAAUGACAGGAUUAGGGUACUAUGACCAUACAUGUUGUAUAGUUAAUUACUCCUAAGAUGGCUUUAGGACUUAAACGUAUGGGCAAAACUCUAUGGUA